AUGGAUAUGGUCACAAGGAAGUCACUGGUGACCUUGGAGGGCACACCGGCCGUCCCGCCCCCGUCCGUCCCUCCCCGGGGAUUGGCUGCCCGGCCCGCGGCCCUCCUCCCGGUCCGCGCCGCCUCCCCGGUCUCCGCGCCGCGCGCCCGGCGCCGGCCUCUUAGUCUCGCUGACCGGGGCGGUGAGUGGCUCGGGGUUCCGGCUCCUCGUGGCGGGUGGGUACCCGGCCGGCCCGGGUGUGGCUGGGCUCGUCCCGCGUCCCCUCGAGCUUUGCCCGCCCGGAGCUCCGCUGCUCCCGGCGGCCAGGACGGAGGGGUAGAGCAGCCCUCGGCGGUCCGGGGGGCGGGCGGCCGUGCCCGUCCAGAGGCCGCGCGAGGCACAGACGCCGCGGGGCGCCGUCCGGAGGAGGCUUCCCGGUGGGCAGCCCCGGCCGCGGUAACAGCUUUGCGCUUUGCUUCCCCAGGGCGCAGCCGCGGCUACUUGGUAGCGGGUUCGGGGCCCGGCCGCGCCUGCGGCGGCGAGAGCCAUCCUGGACCGACCUCGGGCCUGCGGAGGUUGUGUGCGGCGUCUGCGGGGUGCAGCGGCCUCACUUCUGAGCGCAGGUUGAAAACUACAGGUACGGCCAUUGAAGCUGGAAUGCUCUGCCUUGAAUAUCUGUUUCCAACAACUGAACAAUCUCCAUCAACAAAAAGAAGUUUCAUUAUUACAAGUGACUAUUUCUGCCUAAAAGUGGCCACUCUCUCAUUCUUUUUUGAGAUGUUUCCAUAUAGAAUAACAUUGAUCUCUAGCUCCCUGUUUAGGGUUUCACUCCUAGCCUGCCGCUAACCUACUGAUUGUUCAAACGAGCUCACCGUGAAGAAAUAAAGUAGAAAUGCUUCCAUGUUGAGUCUCUCCUUCUGAGGUAACAGUUUGCUAGAUUCCUCCUAAUAAACUUCCAGCUCCAUGCUCUCUCCUUUGUCACACUCAGCUCUGCAGCUUCCACUCUGCUUAAAUCACGUACCUACA